GCAUAAUUUAGUCAUUACAAAACAUAUUAAAGCAUAAAUAAGUUCAAAAUACAUAACAUAAAAUCCAGAAGUCACUGACCAGCGGCGUAAGCUUCUCCCUUUGUCGGCGAGAAGCUUAUUUGGAGAGAACACUUCACCUGAUGUCGCGCCCUUUGUCGGCGAGUAGUUGGCCAACCAGCUGCGUAAAGCUUCUUCAAGGGCCGCUGUCUAUUGUCGAUAAAUAUGAUAGCCGCGUAACACAAAGGAGCGAUGAAGAUUUAGGGCCAGAUAAUACUUUUUAUAAUUUGAAAACACCACGUGGAGUUUCCGAGACGUCUCCAGGCGUGUCCGUGGCGUGUCGGCGUGUCCAAGGUGUCCGAAACGGGUACGGCAGCCUAUAUGGAGUUUCCGUGCAACAUAGGUGAUAAUAAUUUCCUCAAGAAAUGCACACCCUUCUACGCUAUACCUCAAACAGAAGUGACAAAGUUGUUGAAGAGAAUUUCACGCCCAACCACAUCUGCAACAACCAGUAUACGUCGAAACAUGAUUUACCCAAUGAUUUAAAUUUUAAAAUGUAAUGGAAAAAUAAAAAUAAUGUCAAAUCAUUUGAGAGUUGAAGUGUUAGUAAAUUGGGAACAUAUAU